AUGGAGAGAACACGAGUUGCUAAGGUUGAAGAUGUGACCUUGGCGCGUCGCGGUGAACAGGUCGUCGGUACACUCCAUCUUACCUCUCACCAUAUAAUUUUCUCCUACAUCCCUCCCUCGACCGAUAAAACCCAAACCCCCAAUGCUGCUGGCCGGUCAAAGGAGCUCUGGAUCACAUAUCCAAUUAUCUCCUUCUGUACCUAUCGCCCCACCCCCGCCGCAGCCCGCCAGCCAUCUUCAAUCCGGCUACGAUGUCGAGAUUUCACCUUUGUUUGCUUCUAUUUCACUAGCGAGAGCAAGGCCCGAGAUGUAUACGAAACUAUAAAGUGCUGGACCUGCAAGGUUGGACGCAUCGAUAAGCUGUAUGCUUUUUCCUACCAGCCGCCUCCCCCCGAGCAGAAGUUCAAUGGUUGGGAAUUGUAUGACGCCCGUAAGGAGUGGGCUCGGCAAGGCGUGGACCAGAAUGGCUCGGGUUGGCGGGUAUCUCAGUUAAACGCUGAUUAUGGGUUCUCUGCGACCUACCCUGCUCUCAUACCUGUGCCGACUACCAUUUCGGACAUCACGCUCAACCAUGCUGGCAAAUAUCGAUCAAGAGCAAGAGUACCCGCUUUGACGUAUCUGCACCCUGUGAACAAUUGCUCCAUCACACGAAGCUCGCAGCCGCUGGUGGGUGUGCGCCAAAACCGAAGCAUUCAGGACGAGAAGUUGCUCGCCGCGAUCUUCUCGACUUCCCGCCCCGAACGACCGCUCGCAAACUUCACUCCGCCGAAUCUGGAGCCGGAAUCCUCCAGUUCGACAUCGAGUGAUCCGUCCACUAGUCAAAUGCUGGCUGACCUGACCAACGCCGAAGAACUGGAAGAUGAAAUGCUGGCAUCUUUUGCCGGCGACCCGGAGGAAAAGCCCCACAUCUACGGAGCCCAGCAGCGCAAUCUUAUUGUUGAUGCUCGUCCAACCGUCAACGCUUUUGCAAUGCAGGCUGUAGGGCUUGGGUCGGAGAAUAUGGACAACUACAAGUUCGCUACCAAGGCGUACCUCGGAAUCGACAACAUCCACGUGAUGAGAGACUCCCUCAACAAAGUGAUCGAUGCUCUCAAGGACUCUGAUGUGACUCCCUUAGGGCCCAAUAAGGAACAACUUGCACGGAGCAAUUGGCUGAAACAUAUUUCGACGGUACUAGAUGGCGCGGGUCUGAUUGCCCGGCAGGUUGGGCUCCAGCAUUCGCAUGUUUUGAUCCAUUGCUCAGACGGAUGGGAUCGAACGAGUCAGUUGAGCGCAUUGAGUCAACUUUGCCUCGACCCGUACUUCCGCACACUAGAGGGCUUUAUGGUGUUGGUAGAAAAGGACUGGCUAUCAUUCGGGCACAUGUUCCGGCACAGGGCCGGACAUCUCAACAGCGAAAAGUGGUUCCAGAUUGAGAACGAACGGAUUGGAGGUGAUUCGAAUCGAGCAUUUGGCGAGGCUGGUGGUGCCAGUAGAGCUAUCGAGAAUGCUUUCCUUAGCGCCAAGGGAUUUUUCAACAGAGACAACAACAGUCGUGAUUCUCUUGGAGAGUCGGAUGGGGAGAUGCAAUCCUAUGACGGCGACAAUGCGAAGAAGCUUUCAGUGCCUAAAGCAACACCCGUGGAAAAGGAGGUAACCAAGGUCAAGGAAACAAGCCCGGUCUUCCACCAGUUCCUGGAUGCAACCUAUCAGUUACUCUACCAGCACCCUACCCGGUUCGAGUUCAAUGAACGGUUCCUGCGACGACUAUUGUACCACUUGUACUCGUGUCAAUUCGGAACAUUCCUCUUUAACAGUGAGAAGGAGCGGGUAGAGUGGAACGCCAAAGGGCGUACUCGGAGCGUUUGGGAUUACUUCCUGGCACGGAGGGAACAAUUCCUCAACCCUGACUAUGACCCGCAGAUUGACGAUCACAAACGUGGAAAGGAACGUCUAGUCUUCCCACGCGUCAAUGAAGUGCGGUGGUGGAGCGAAGCAUUUGGUAGAACCGAUGCUGAAAUGAACGGCCCUCGGGCCCCUGGCUCGGGGUUAUCGGUUCCCCGUGAGACUCCGAGUGCUCAGCGGUCGCCAGUAUUGACUGGGAUGGAGACUGCUAACCAUUCUGUCGGCGCUGGCUCCGCUGGCAAAGAUGCUAACAACGCCCCACCGAGCGGCAUCGCAACUGUGACUGCGGGAAUCUCUAAUUUGGCCUUCCCCCAAAGCAAAGAGAACAACCAGGAUACGAAAAGCAUGAAUCGCAUGGAGCUUGAGAUGCAAUGA